GUAGUUCAAUUGACCAAAAAGAACUAACCUGAAAAGAGCAGAAAAUGACAGCCCCUGUGGAAGAAAAUAAUUUGACUAACGAAAAUUCUCAAGAAGCAAUCAAGGAAACUAAAAAACCAUCAAAGAGAGGAAUUAUCUAUCUAUCGACGAUACCUCCUUAUAUGAAUGUUACAAAAAUUAGAGAAAUAUUUAGCGAAUUUGGUAAAUUAGGUAGGGUGUAUUUACAGCUGGCUGAUAAAGGUCAUGGGGAUAAGAAAAAAAAGAAACGAAAACCCGCCAAAAAGUUCACAGAAGGUUGGGUUGAAUUUGAGAAAAAAUGUGUGGCCAAACGUGUAGCAACAUUAUUAAACAACAGUCAAGUAAGCACAAGGAAAAGUUCUAAAUAUUAUGAUUGUACAUGGAACAUAAAAUACUUGUCAAAUUUCAAGUGGGCUCACUUGCAUGAGCGCCUCACAUAUGAGAGAUCAGCGAGAAACAAAAAGCUUAAGGACGAGAUACAGCUUACAAAGAAAAAGGCCAACUUUUUUUCUUCGAAUCUAGAUUCUAAGAAAAACAAAGAUGUGGUCAAUAAAGAGUAUGAAGAUAUAACCAAAAUAGCCACCGAAACAGCCAUGGAAGUUGAGGAUAUAGAAAAAGAAAGCAGAGCAGAAUUCUUGAGAUCAUUAUUACCAUAAUGUACCAAAGUGUUCACUUGUGUUUUUUGAAACCACACAAAUAAAAUAUUUUUUAAAUUGUUUUAAUCAUGGUACAAAGUAUUGGAACAUAAAAUGAGUAAA